CUGUUAUUCUUAUCAUAACCAAUUACAAAGGUUCCUCUUUUUCUUGGUCACCUUAUUUCCUCAAACACAAAGAAACUAUUUAAUACAGUAAGCUUCAAAACUGUGCCCACAGAGUAUGUCAAAGGGGUAAAACACACACAAGAUUGAAAGAAGUGACAAGAACUGACGCACUUUCAGGCCACAGUGGUUACCGCAGACAGACUCACCGCUCUCAUUGCAGGCAAAAUGUUACACCAUGAUAAUUUAUUAUCAUUAAUAUUUACUUUGACAAGCAAAACAUACUCCUUCUUUCAUAUUUAUUGCAUUAAUUAUCUUUUAAAUGUGUUGGCUUGUAUUUAUGUGACAUACUGUAUAUGUUUACAUCUCAUAGACGUUCUGUGGGCCUGUAAAUGUAUUAGGUGGAGCUUAAUUUCCGGCUAUCUGAACCGUAUGUCCCUGUGUUAGUAAUUAUCUCAGUGUGCAUGCUGAACCAUGGCGUGUGUGCAUCUGCAGCAUGUGGGAGGAAGUCUAAACUCGAGUGAAAAUAGCCCUGACUUCCUGUGCAAACGGUUGCAAUGAGGAAGAAUAUACAGUAACAAGGGCCAAAGGGUAGUUUAGCUUGUCAAAGACACAUGCGUUUAAGAAUGGCACAGCUGUUUUUAUGGUGACCUUUAAUCCUGGUACCAUCAAGUUUUCGGAGUAAUAGCUUCACAUCAGAAGUUCGAAGUCUGACUUGCAUUACUGGACUCUUGGUGGUUGUACGACUUACAGUUUUAGUACUUAGCCAAUAUGGACACUGUGGAUGCAGAUAUGGUGCAGAUUGGAGAACACAAAUUUGUAAACAAGAGCACGAUUCUGUCACAUCUUAAGACAUACAACCUUUACUACGAGGGACAAGCUCUUCAGCUGAGACAUAGAGAGGAUGAAGGAGAAUUGAUAAUAGAAGGUUUGCUCAACGUUUUUUGGGGCGUGCGGAGGCCAAUCAGACUGCAAAUGCAAGAUGAUAAGGAUACAGGCAGGCCACACCCAUCAUUAACAUCACCGAGCGUUGACAUCACCACAGCCGAAAAUGAAGGAACAAAUCAGACAUCAACAUCGAUUGAGGUCACAGCAGCAGACGACCAAUCAAGAGACAGCUCGGGUGAAGAGGCAGCUGGUGAACAUGAGGAGUUGACACGCUCAGAUCGAGUCGCCCGAACCUCGAGUGAUCUCGGUGGGAGGAGAAUUAGUGGGCGGAGACUUGGAAUCAGGAGGGUGAAGCGACACCACCGCUGCUCCUUUAAUGGACACUUUUAUAACCACAAGGCACCAGUGUUUACCCCUGCGUUUGGCUCUGUUACUAAUGUGCGCAUCAACAGCGGCAUGACGACGACGCAGGUGAUGCGAGUGUUACUGAACAAAUUCAAGAUUGAGAACAAUCCAGACGAAUUUACACUGUAUUUUGUCCACACUAGCGGAGAGAGACAACAGUUAAAACCUAAUGACCAUCCUUUGGCAGUCCGGGUUUUGCGAGGACCUUGUGAGCAGGUCAGCAAAAUCUUCCUAAUGGAGACGGAUCAGGUGGAAGAGGUUACGCAUGAUGUGGCACAAUACAUCAAGUUUGAGCUUCCUGUUCUACAAAGCUUCAUCACCAAACUGCAAGAAGAGGAAGAGCGAGAGAUGCAAAAGUUAAAGAGGAGGUACACUGAUUUGCGUCGUAUCAUCAAGAAAUACAUGCAGGCUUUAACUGACAGAACUACUUGAUGUUGGAGACGCUGUCUGUGCACUUUUUCUUCACGCAUGUGUCACUUAUCUAUAGGUUAUCUUUAAAGCCCCAACUCAGGAACCCCUGUAUUUCACUAUAUGUGACCUUGCCUGUGGAAUCAAGGCUAAAGUCUUAAAAACUGUAAUUAAAAUGAUCAUCAAAGUUUAAUUUCAAACAUUUCAAUGUUAUUUCAAUCUUUGAUGACCUUACUCAGUUCAUAUUAAAUAUAUCAAGGUUAUAUUUUCACAGUAUGUUCUGUUAUAUAGAAAACGCAACAUGAUCGUUAUUAUUACAAAUUUGUGUUAUAGUUACAAAUUUUUUUAUAAAUUUAUUUGUGUAUUCGUGUAAUUAAUUUACACGAAUUUCUAUUUCGUGUCAUUCAGCACGAAUUUAUAAAAAUAGUUUUUCAUGUCCGUGGCACGACUUUCUUUUCGUGUCAUUUUAUGUAUUGUUUUCUCUUUUUUUCUAUUUUUAAAUCAUUGUCGCUUGGGGUUGGGGUUAGAUUUGGGGUUUGGGUUAGGAUGUACUUUUAUGUAUUGGUUUCUACAUGUUUUUCUUCUGCUUUUAAAACUAUUCAGGCCUGGAGUUGGGGUUAGAGUUGAGGUUUGGGUUAGGAUGUCUAAAAAAUAAGUAACAGUAACAGAAAGUAAUUCUAACACCAACCCCAAGCGACAAUGGUAAGAAAACAGGAAAAAACAAUGAGAAAACAAUACAUAAAAUGACACAAAAAAGAAAGUCAUGCCACCGACACGAAAAACUAUUUAUAGAAAAAGACACGAAACAGACACGAAAAAGACAUUCGUGCUAAAGGCACAAAAAAGCUGAAUUUCGUGCCAUGGACACAAAUACAUUAAUCAAAUUUUUUGUGACUAUAACACGACUUGCCUUGAGAAAACAGUAAAUCACAAAAAAAUGACUUUAGCUGGGUUUUUACAUUCAGGAUCACAUAUAUUUAUAAUACACACAUUUUAGAUGUUAUGGUUUGCUCUAUAUUUGAAGAGUUUCGUUGCAAAACGAGAUAACUCCGUUUUUUUAUUUUUCAGAAAUCUUGUUUUUUGGUUGUGCAUUCCAAUUAAUAUCAAUUCAACUGCAGUUGGUUUGUUUUGAUUUAAACCUUCAUAACUUAAAAAAUACAGCUAAGUAGCAUCAUAAAACAAAAUAAUAACAUGAUAACAUAAUAAUAAUAAACAUGUUUUGACAAAAAUGUUAAAAACGGAUUUAUCUCGUUUUGCAACGAAACUCUUCAUUUGUUCCAAAAACAAACUGGGCCAAGCUAAAUUAAACAAUAGUUUACUUUUAUGCACACAUUUGUAAUAAGCCUUCAUGUUUUUGAAAAGUAUUAUUGCUAUUUUUCCAAAGCAAAGGAGCUUGUACAACGUUGGUUGAAUGUAAAAUUCACACUGUGUGAAUAAAUAUGUAAAACGAAGAAAAAACUUUGUACUUGUAAUAUAGGCUAUUUUAUUCCAGAAUAUUUGUAAUGUGUUUAAUUUAUAAAUAUAUAAUAAAGUCUAUAUGCAUAUACAGUACAUUUGCCUUUGCU